AUGGCUUUUCCUCCCCAAUAUAGAGAGCCUCCGGCUCUCCCGAGUAUUAUAGUCCCUACUCCAGGUGAUCGUUAUCGAAGCCACACGAGUCAUCACGGAAUACCUUAUAGUGGGAGCCCUGCCAUGUCAAUACCUGGCCUGCAAACACGAGAAGACGUCCCUCCACCACUACCUCCUCCUCGAUAUCCAGGCUACGAUCAACCUAGUGCUUUGGCUGAAAACAUGAGGGAGAAGAGGGAAUAUGCACAGGGUUCUUUUGCAAGUGGCUACGGAAGCAUGACCUCGUCAUUUCACGAAGAUCGUCCCAGUUACCAACGAAGAAGCAACACCGCCAUAUAUGGUGAACGAGAUGAGGGUUAUGCAAGUUACUCAUCAACUGACAGGUCCCGCGAAUCCGCCCCUUCUGGCUUUGGCCGCCUACACAACCACUUUCAGUUUAAAUCACCCGCCGAAAUUGAUGAAAACAGCCUCAAGAAGAAGCUUAACCAAACUCGAUCAUUAGAAAGGUCACCACCCCGAUCACUACUCAGCGCAUCAGCGAACGAGCUUAUCUCUCGAAGGCCUUCUGCCGAAGGUCGAUUCCCCCCAGCUCUAAGCGUCCCAGUACAACUUCCUAUCCACUCCCGUGGUAUUCUAGGCUCUCCUGCAAGGUUGACCGACACACCACUUCACUCUGCUAUUUCUCCCCGAAGCGCCCCUUUCUUCCUUGGAGAUAGGUCACCAAAUGACAGCUCCGAUAUCGAUCGCUCACCCCGAACACGAACAAAGAGGAACAACAGUGACGAUGCUACUUCCACAAACUCCAGCUAUGACUUCAAUGGAGCAGAUGAUAUGGAUAUGGAAGACGGCCAAUCGCUAAAGAGACUACAUAUUGAUGAUGCUUAUGUGUCUGGCGGUCAAAAGAGAAGGGCAGCUAGUCCAAACGAUGAUCACCUUGCUAUGCCAUCAGACAUGUCUCGUCGACGUGAGAUGAGCUCCCGCGGAUCACCUCAAGAUCGCUUCACAGCCCUCUCUCGAGGUGCCACGAUGCCUUCGGUCCCUACAUCACGAAACAACUCAUAUAUCUCGACAAUGUCCAUGUCGAUGCACCCAACUAGCAUCACCACUGCUAACUCUUUCGGCCGACGCUCGCCUGUGGGGCCAUCUCCAGGUGGCAUCUCACCAACCUCUUGCAACUCGCCUUACACAGCUCCUGUAUCUCUCAACCCUAGCCCUCGAACCUCCAUUUCUGGACGGGGAUCAAUCCACUCCAGGACUGUCUCGGGUGCAAGCACACGCAAGAUCACUGAAGUACAGAAACCUGGAGGCACUAAAGUGCAAGGUUUCUUCAUGUGCGAGUGUUGUCCCAAGAAGCCCAAGAGGUUCGAGUCGCUCGAGGAACUCAAUGCUCACGAGGCUGAAAAGCAAUACGAGUGUUCAUUCUGCGGCAACCGCUUCAAGAAUAAGAAUGAGGCAGAGCGCCAUCAAAAUUCCCUCCAUGUGCGGCGCCAUUCGUGGUCAUGCUCAGCUCUCUCCGGAUACGAUAGGGCUUUCCACGAUUCUACUAACAGACCUGGCGAAGCUGACACCUGCGGCUAUUGCGGCGAUGAAUUUGUGCGCUCUGGUCGUGGCCCUGGUACGGGUGUCUUGAACGGUGGUAAUGCACCUCGGCACGCCACGGACCAGGACUGGGAUGAGCGCAUCAGGCAUCUGCAGGAAGUUCACAAGUUCAGAGAGUGCAACUCGUCCAAAAAGUUCUUCAGAGCGGAUCACUUCAGACAGCAUCUAAAGCACAGCCAUGCGGGCACGAGUGGGAAGUGGACCAACAUGCUGGAGAAUGCCUGCAUGCUGGAAGAGGACCCAACGCCCCGGUAA